AUCACCUCCCGCGUCCUAUAUAUAUAUAUAUAUAUAUACUCCCCCGCAUUGACUGCGAAAACACCAACUGCGAUCAUACUACUACACCCGGGAUACCAGGAAGUGUUAAAACACACACAUACACACACACACACAUACGAAGGUCUCUGAUCCACGUCUUUAACUUUUCAGCGUAGAGCUCGAAUUCGCAUAUCUGGAAUUUCUCGAAAUGGGCAAGCUCUCCAAAGUCAUGGACAAGCUCAGCAUCAAGCCGGGCGGCUCGGACUUGCCCCCAGCGGCUGAGGCUGUGCUGCAGCCUGUGACACAAAAACAGCUCCACCAGACCCGCUUCAAUUUCGGCGUCAAUUUCGGCGGCGUGUUUGUGCGUGAAAAGUGGAUCUUCCACUCCACGUUCCCUGAGGGCACGGACACGGAGUUGGCGGCCGUGGCCAAAAGCGCCCGUGCCGACCGGGCCCAGGCCCGCGAGACUUUGGAGCUGCACUGGAAGAACUACGCGCUGGCCGACGAUUGGGAAUGGUUGCAAAAAAACGGCGUCAACUCCGUGCGCGUGCCCUUGGGCUACUGGAACAUCGACGGGGGCAACUACACCGCAGACACGCAGUUCUCGGCCUACAAGGACAUCUACGCCAACUCGUGGAGCAUUUUCAAGACACAUUACGUGGAGCCGGCCGCACAAAAAGGCAUCUCGGUUUUGGUGGAUAUCCACGGGCUUCCCGGCGGGGCCAAUGCCGACGCACAUAGUGGGGAGGGCGGCGGCAAGGCCGGGUUCUGGGGCUCGCCCGGCGCGCAGAAACUCAUGACUAAGGCGCUUGCGUUUGUGGCCCGCGACUUGCAGAAAUACGACAACAUCUCAGGCAUCCAGAUAGUCAACGAGGCCGAGUUCUCGGACCCCGCGCGCCACCAGAAGGCGUACUAUGCCUCUGCCAUCCAGGCGAUCCGCGAGCACGACGCGUCGGUGCCGGUGGUCAUUUCCGACGGCUGGUGGCCCAACCAGUGGGUCGAGUGGGUGCAGAAGGCGCAGGGCGACGGCCACUGUGCAGGGGUGGUGAUCGAUGCCCAUUGCUACCGGUGCUUUUCCGACGCCGACAAGAACAAGUCCGCGGACCAGAUUGUCCAGGACUUGCACGGGGACUUGCUCACAAACCUCACCGACGGCGGCAAGGGUGUGGACCUCAUGGUGGGCGAAUGGUCGUCCGUUUUGGACGGCCAGACAUGGGCCAAAUGCGGCUUGGACCCCAGCGACGGCGCCAACCCCCGCCGGAAGGAGCUUGCGGGCCGGUUCUGCAGCAAGCAGGCGGAGCUCAUCCGGCAGAGGGCCGGUGCCGGCUCGUAUUUCUGGACGUACAAGUUCGAGUCGGGCAACGGCGGCGAGUGGGAUUUCCGCCAACAGUUGGGCCACGCCUUCAGUGCGCCCAGGGUGUCGGUGCCGGACGACGCGGCGUUCAACAGUGCUCUUGAAAGAGAGUACAACGGGCAUUGCAACUACUGGAACGGGCAGAACUCCGACGAGAAGUACGAGCAUGAAAGGUACAAGGAGGGAUUCACCACCGCGUGGCAGGACGGCGUCACGUACGCCAAAGCCGGGGCGCUUGUGGGGCGCAAGCAGGCGGUGAGAUCGGCCCGCUUGCUGCAGCAUUUGCAGAGCAAGGGCAGGCUGGCGUUUGUGUGGGAGUGGGAGCAGGGCUACGACAAGGGCUUGGACGAGUUCAGCAAGGCCAUCCAGUGAUGGGCGAGAGCGCCGCCGAUACAGAGGCAGCUCUA